AUGGAGGAGGAAGAAAUAGAAUACGAUAGUGAUCAUAUAGAUGAGGAGACGGAGGCCAGACUUUAUGCUUCCGUCUUUUAUGACAAUGAUACCGGCGAAGUUACAAGGUGCCAGUCAGCGACUUUGCCUACGAAAUUCGAUAGGCCGUCUGUUUCUACCAAUUCCAUGUCGGAUAAUACUUCAGAGGCAUUACCAUCAUCUCCUGUGAAUAAAUUGAGAAGCGAUUCGUUUGCUUUAGUGCUACAAGAAUCCUCUUUCAAAGACCCAUCCAUCGAUUCUACUCUUAUGAAAGCUCUGUAUUUAACCAUCACCGGUAAUACACCACAUAGUGUCAUUAAAAAGGCUGACGAACGGAUGGAUCGUUAUGUGGAACAGAAUGGUGGCGAUGAGCAUCCUGUUUAUACCUAUGCCACGGAUACCUCUUCUGAUUCCUCCUUCAGUGCCACCAUAUCUCCGAAAAGGCCGAAAUUCGAUCUACUUCUGGGAAUCUCAAAACAAUCUCUUGAGAGCCUAAAAAAGAACAAAGAACUCCUCCUUGAGGAUCUUAAGGAUCUUCCCUCCGAUGGCAAAUACUGGUCAUUGGAUUCCUCUGACUUGUCUUCAUUAUCGUGGAGGAAAAGGCGAUGUCGGGAAUCUGAUAAAACCUGUGAAAGAUGCUUUAAAAAGGGACAUACUUGGAUAGGAUGCACUCGGAGUGGACCACUGUGUUAUCUUUGUGCCCAGGAGGGUCAUACUGUUCGCAAUUGCCCAAACAAAUUUUGUUCCAUUUGCAAUGAAUUUGGACACGAUUCAUCGCGUUGUCGUAAUAAAAUUCGUCUUUUUAAUGCCAUUUGCUCCCGUUGUAAGCGGAGGGGUCAUGAGAGCAACAUUUGUCCAGACGUAUGGAGGCAAUACAAGUACACGACUCAACCUGGUAAGCCCGUCGUUGUAACUCCUUCCCCCAUCCGUCGAGCUAAAAGCUGUUUCAACUGUGGUGGUCGUGGUCACACAGGAGAGCUAUGUCGCAAACCAACGGUUGAUGGGCGAUCCGCGAUACCGACGUCGAUUUUCAAGUUUGAUGAUUGCGACGUCUACGCAGAAGCUGCUAAGAACAUCCAACGUUCUCCCAUCCGUUCAUCCUACAUCCAUCGAUCACGGACGUAUGAGGCGGGUUCAACAUCAGCAGUCGAGUCUACCCCCAAAAUCCGAGUGUUUGAUGAACCGCUUUACUGCUCCUUAGAAAAUGGGACUUCAUCACAAUUGCCACAACCAUCACCUCUACGGACGUUACCGUUAAAACCCGCUCGAUGGAAAAAAGUACAAGGUGAAGACAAAUUAGUGACAAAUAAGUCGCUGCAACCGCGAGAUAAGAAUAACCAUUGGAAUAGAAAUGCAAAGGCUCCUAGAAGACGGUCUCUCGUCGAUACAAACAGUAGACGAUAUGGAAAUCAAAAGGGCGGUCUAACCUUGGGGGCAUCAAAUGGGCAGACAUUGAAGAAUUUCCGAAACCAUGGCGCUUUGGCUAAAAGCAGGAAGCGAAAACAUCCAGAGUCUUCGACUCUUCGCGAGUCUUCAAUUCGGGUGGAAUUGAGUGGGAGAAAUAAUCACUUGAGCAGUCCUACUAGAUUGAAAGGAGGCCAACGCCAACAACCUACUGUGCGGCUGCGGCUAGAGAGGGAGGAUAAAAGGAGGCGGAAAAAUGGAAUAUGGAGGAUUGAAGGUCUGCCAAAUAUCGCCACUUCCCCCUACUUGAAGGUGAUGCGCACGUCUCACAUAGACGCGUAA